AUGUCGAAACUCACCGCAGUUAUGACCUUGCUAAUGACGAAUUGCACCCAUGCUUCGAAGGUGGCCGUUCUUCUUCGUCGUCAGGCGCGAAUCCAGACGCUCCUAGACACAGCCAACAGUCCUGCAUUUAGUCGCUACGACAAAGAAUAUGAGGAUUUACUCAUAAGCUACGCGUGGAAGGGCAUCUUCCAUCAUGUAAUUUAUCAAAGCUUCGGCGGAAUUGCGGUGUUUUGUUGGGGUUUUACUCCAAUCGCUGAUUUGGUCGCUGGUCGUUCACGUCAACUGCCCAUGGAGGGCUGGUACCCUUAUAAUACGACGGCGACGCCGGCUUUCGAGAUCACCGCGGCACAUCAGGGCAUCGCUAUCAUAAUUGCUUGUUUUCAUAACGUGGCGAUGGAUACACUGAUGACGGGCUUGAUCACGGUCGCCUGUUCCCAGCUGGCAAUCUUAGAGCGCAACAUUAUCUCGAUUGAUAACAAGGCAAACAUUCAUGGGAUGCAGAAUGAUAAUGAUAAGGAUAAGCCGCUCGAAAGGAGAACUUUAGCUUAUCAACUACUCAAGCGAUGCGCUAUGCACAGCAAUAUGAUAUUUCAUUGCAGUUUUACAAGUGAAAUUCAGAACAUCUUUGGUACCGUUAUCUUCUUUCAAUUCCUCUCGAAUUGCAUAAUCAUUUGUUUGAUUGCCUUCAAUGUAUCGCAGAUGAAUGUUUAUAUUCCGGCGGUGCUGAUCGGCAUGCUAACAUACAUGUGUUGCAUGACGUAUCAAAUAUUCAUCUUCUGCUGGCAUGGUAAUGAACUGCAUCUACAUAGUAUGCGUUUAGUCACGGCCGCAUAUUCGAGCAAUUGGUUCUCCAACACCGAAAGAUUCAAACGCGGUCUACAAAUCAUGAUGAUAAGGGCUCAUCGUCCGCUCACCUUAAGUGCCGGUAGGGUCAUGUUAUUGUCUUUAGAUACUUUUGUGCAGAUAAUGCGGACGUCCUAUUCUAUUUUUACGGUACUUCAAGGAUCGGCUGCUUAAAAACCA